GGAGCUCGUUAGUGACCUUACUACUCCAGGUUUUUUAAUGUGCCUUAGGAGAUUUGUUUCGAGAAGGGGAAAACCUUACGAAAUUUAUUCAGAUAAUGGAAAAACAUUUGUAGGGGCUAACAAUGAAUUGGGUAGAGUGCUUAAGUCUAGUCGCGAGGCUGUGACAGAGUAUGGCAGUACUGAAGGCAUUAGAUUUAAAUUUAGCCCUGCAUAUUCACCUCAUUUUGGGGGUAUUUGGGAAGCUGGGGUUAAAUCAUCCAAACAUCAUCUUAAGAGAAUAGCUGGCAACGCAGCCUUAACAUUUGAGGAACUUGCAACGUUGUUCACACAAAUAGAGGCUAUCCUAAAUUCCCGUCCCCUAUCUCCUCUCUCAUCCGACCCAACCGAUCUCCUACCCUUAACCCCUGGGCACUUCCUAAUCGGGCGGCCACUCAAGUCGGUGCCGUCCUUGCUAAUUGAAAAGUCUAGAGCUAACAGAUACGAGCGUAUAGAGCAGCUGCGGCAACAGUUUUGGGAGCGAUGGCGCCGAGAGUACCUCGCCGAACUCCAACAGAGGACCAAGUGGCGGAGACCAGACCGGGAACUCAAAGUAGGCGACUUGGUCAUCCUCAAAGAAGACAACCUACCUCCAUUAUGCUGGCGACUAGGCCGCAUAACCAAACUUUACCAAGGACCAGAUGGCGUCAGCAGAGUCGCCGACGUCCUCACAUCGAGAGGGACUGUCAAGAGGGCAGUCCACAAGUUUUGCAUCAUACCUGGAGAUGACAUCGACCCAAAUUCAACUGCUUGAUAGCUGUGCUAUCAAGGCCCGGGAGGAUGUUAACGCGCACACUGUGCAGGCGCGCCAAACCGAUCCACCGUGCAGUACGAGAAGGGGAUGCGGGACGCGCGGGAGGAGGGCCGCUGGCCGCGUCGCUUCGCCGGGGCCGCGCGCCGGUCUCUUUCGCCAUCGGCACCGGACGAGUGCACACGUCGUGAUUAACCUAAUAUUUUUGUAUAACGCCAAUCGCCACACGUCGUAACUAUGAAACCUAUGUAACUAAUUACUUUCUUAAGAAUAUAAGCAGUUUGUACCAGAGG